CGCAAGUUUAGUAUCUACGUCAUUACGUCAAAUCAUCUGAGAGGAGAGCAAGAACAUAGGUGAAAACGUGGAGCAGUGUUUUGCAUGAAGUGAUGAAGCCAGAUGCCAACGCAGUGGAAUCUGAACCCGGCAGAGUACAGCCAGCGCGUGCUGUGGUCGUGGAGCGGAUAAAUGCCAUCGCGUGAAGCGCUAACACCCACGAAGAGAACUCCAUGUCUUUCUUGGACUGCUCCUGCAUCUCCCCCACUCAGGUCCAGCCAAUCAGCAUAGAGGACCAGUAUGAGGACGUCAGCCACCAAUACCUGAGCUCCGACGUCUCAGAAUGCACUUUCACCUGGGGUGGUGCAGGCAGUGAUGACAUCACAGCGCUCUCUGCUAACUCCGCCCACUACCAGCUGCUGUCAGAGCUGGGGAAAGGCUUCAACAACCUGAGCCAGGUGCGCAUGGCGCGCCACACCCCCUCCCGCCAGCUGGUGGCAGUCAAGAACACCAACCUGGAUGAGUGUACUGAGGAUGAGCUGCUACAGUUGAUGAACGAGGUUCUUCUCUCCAGGCUUUUCCGCCACCCCAACCUGCUGACCUCUCGCCUGGUCUUCAGCUCCUGCUGCCAGCUCUGGGUCCUCACACCACUCAUGGGCUACGGUUCGGCAGAUAGUCUGCUGAGGACCUUCUUCCCUGACGGGAUGAGUGAGUCCCUGAUCGCUUACCUCCUCCACGGAGUCCUGAAGGCUCUGCAAUACCUGCACCUCAUGGGCUACGUGCACAGGGGAGUGAAGGCCAGUCACAUCCUACUGUCUGGGGAGGGCCGUGUCUACCUCUCAGGGCUGCACAGUGUUUACAGUAUGAUGCGGGAUGGGAAGAAGGUGAGGACUGUGUACGACAUGCCCCACCACAGCCCCGCCCUGCUACCCUGGCUCAGCCCAGAGCUGCUACGACAGGACCUGCAUGGCUAUGGGGUGAAGUCAGACAUCUACAGUCUGGGGAUAGUAGUCUGUGAGCUGGUCAGUGGCAGGGUGCCUUUCCAGGACAUGCCCCCUACACAGAUGUUGCUCCAGAAGCUGCGUGGGUCCCACUGCUGUCUGCUGGACGUGGCCCCCUCCCCCCUCGGGGAGCUGAGGGGGCUGAAGGUGUCCCGCUCCGGGGUGGACUCUGGCAUCGGGGAGAGUGUUGUAACGGGCAGCCUGACCCGCACCGCCACCGCCGAGAGACCUCAGAGCCCCGCCCCCAAGAACCACUCGGUCACCCUGCACAACCUGGUCCAGCUGUGUCUGCAACAGCAGCCCGACUGCAGACCCUCUGCUUCUACACUGUUGACCCAUGCCUUCUUCAAACAGGUGAAAAGGCAUCAUACCCGGGACUCCUUCCUCAGUCUCAUGUACCCCGCGGUGCCCCUUGGAGUUUCCAGCCCCGAUGACCCCCCUGUGUCCUGCUCCCCUACCCCGUCCUGCCACCCCCCAACCUCCGCCAUCACUCACUCCACGGAGGAGGUGUGGGACUUCUCCUAACCCUCCUCCCUGCCCCCUUCCACCUCUGCCCCCCACAUCCCAAAACCUGACAACCAAGCCUAACUCAAGACAAUCACAAUGAUAAAAAAAACAGAGCCCAAACCUUUCUACUGUGCUCUGAUAGGACCUGUCCUACCCACCACUCUGAGCCUUUCUACUGUGCUCUGAUUGGACCUGUCCUACCCACCACUCUGAACCUUUCUACUGUGCUCUGAUUGGACCUGUCCUACCCACCACUCUGAGCCUUUCUACUGUGCUCUGAUUGGACCUGUCCUACCCACCACUCUGAGCCUUUCUACUGUGCUUUGAUUGGACCUGUCCUACCCACCACUCUGAGCCUUUCUACUGUGCUUUGAUUGGACCUGUCCUACCCACCACUCUGAGCCUUUCUACUGUGCUCUGAUAGGGACCUGUCCUACCCACCACUCUGAGCCUUUCUACUGUGCUUUGAUUGGACCUGUCCUACCCACCACUCUGAGCCUUUCUACUGUGCUUUGAUUGGACCUGUCCUACCUACCACUCUGAGCCUUUCUACUGUGCUUUGAUUGGACCUGUUACCUACCACUCUGAGCCUUUCUACUGUGCUCUGAUUGGACCUGUCCUACCUACCACUCUGAGCCUUUCUACUGUGCUCUGAUUUGACCUGUCCUACCCACCACUCUGAGCCUUUCUACAAGUUUUCUAUGCUUUUCUAUGUUUGUUUUGGAACUCAAAUAAGGUUCUGCAGGUGGAUGUUUGUUGUCUUGAGUCUUGUCCUGGAGGCAGAACUGAGCCAUUUCCCCUUAGAUAGGCCAGCUGCUGGAAUAGGAGGGUGGGAUUAUUGAAGCUGCUCUGCCUGGACCAUCCAAUGAGGAUCUCUGUGCCAUGGGUGUGGCUGCCGGUCAACGACAAUGACAACCAAUGACGUUGCAGGACAGUGAGGACACACCCCCUAUGCCAGUUUAAAGACCUAUCACUGGACUCAUAUGGAUCGUACUACGAACAGUAAUGUGAACUAUUUUAGGCUUUUAGACUGUGAAAGGGCAUAGAUAAUAAUGUGUCAGGGUUUGAAGAGGAAGAUAAUAGAUAAUGAUAUGUUAUGGAGUUGGAGAGGGUGUAAGUGUUAAAUCACAAGUGUGUGAGCAGAGACGGUACGAGAAUAGCUAGUGUGUUAGUGGAAGUUCUAUGGUUAUCCCUCUUGUCUUGUGAAACCAGCCUGAUCUCGCGAUAGCUCACAUUCCCGAAGUGAAACUAAACGUGAGCUCAGCAGUCCGUCUGAUUGACCAGGCUGCUAAUCCCUCCCCUGUACAACCAGUGAAAUCCCUGGGAUCCAAUAAGAACUAUAACACUACCACUACUGUGGUUUGAGAUGCACUACACUAUACACGUCCUCCGAGUCAUAAUAAACGUAUGGGAGGGUCCUCAAUUGUAUCGUUUUAAUGAAAUCUGUGAACUGUUUAUGAUACAUUGAUGUGUUUUAUUCUGUGGUUGAUGAUUAUGUGUAUGAGAGACAUUGUAUGUAUCAGUGCAUAUCAAACAUGUUAUAGCUGUAUGAGCCUUAUAGAAGUGUUAUAAAUAUAUUCAUGAUCA